CAAUGAACAAAUAAGAUAAACCAGAAUCAAGAGCUUAACGUAACAUUCGAAUUGUUAUGGCUAAUUUAAAAGAAGACUUAAAAUAUAAAGGUAUUCUAACUUCUAAUCUUAGUUGUCAAAUAUUUCGGACAUCAAAAAGAAGAAUAAGAAUUAGCAAAACCAAGGUAUGCUCAUUCAUAGUUUCCUAAAUAACAGCUUUUUAGUUAAGAAGCAGAGUCUAAUCUAAUUGACUUUUGUCUAGAUAAUCAAGGUUUAAAAGUCAGCAAAGUAGGGACUCUUGUAGAACCUAUGAUAACCACGGAAGAAAUUCCUUAAAGACCUUCAAUAAGGAAGAUGAAGGCUAUAAAAUAACCAGUUUUUUUUACGGAAGUCACUACUACCCAUUUUCAACCUAGUGAAAGACCAAAGGAAGUACCAGCUUCAAUUAAAAGAAGCACUAAAUAACAAAUGAUGAAUAAAGAGAUUUUACGUAGAUUAGGUUUAUUAAGUGUUUAAGCAAAAAGAGAACUUGAAAUAGAGAAACUCUGUAAUAGAGCUUUAAAAGUGGCUAGAAUAAAAGACUCUCCUGAAUUAAAUAAAAGAUAAAUAGAAGUUAUUCAAAAAUAAAUGAGAGAUGCUGAAAAAUAAUCUUAAGAAUUAGAAAUUUAAAGAUGUACUACUUCUGCUUCUGCUGCAUCUAGAAAAGCUUUCGAUUAUUAAGAUGACUAUCUUUUAGAAUGUUUAUCAGAAAGACCUUAAUUAGUUUAUAGUGUCUAAUCUUUUCGAAAUAGACCUUAAACUUAGUAAACAAAAUCUAGAAUUCACAAUUUCUUUAAAACUGUAACUUUAGCUCAUUUAGAUAAUAAAGAUGAGAUUAAAAAAGAUGAUCUUAGUAUGCAAUUUUAAAUGUAAUCUAUAAAAGAAAGUUUAUAAUUAUGCAAAAAAAAACUAUUAGACUAUAAUGAUGAAAUAGAAAUAGCAUUAACAGAAGAUAUUAAAGGACAAGUGAUAGAAUAUAAAAAUAUUAUUAAAAAUAAUAAUAUAAAAUGA